CCGCCCCCGCACGCCCGGCGCCGCCCGCCCGCCCUCCUCGCGGCCCAAGCAGCCCAGGCCUCUCGCGAACAUGGCGCUUGUUCCCUGUCAGGUGCUGCGGGUGGCUAUCUUGCUGUCCUACUGCUCUAUCCUGUGCAACUACAAGGCCAUCGAAAUGCCCUCGCAUCAGACCUACGGCGGUAGCUGGAAAUUCCUGACGUUCAUUGAUCUGGUUAUCCAGGCUGUCUUUUUCGGCAUCUGUGUGCUGACUGAUCUUUCCAGUCUCCUGACCAGAGGCAGUGGGAGCCAAGAACAGGAGAGACAGCUCAAGAAGCUCAUCUCUCUCCGUGACUGGAUGUUAGCUGUGGUGGCCUUUCCUGUGGGCGUAUUCGUUGUGGCAGUGUUCUGGAUCAUUUAUGCCUAUGACAGAGAGAUGAUCUACCCGAAGCUGCUUGAUAAUUUUAUCCCAGGGUGGCUGAAUCACGGAAUGCACACGACGGUUUUGCCCUUUAUAUUAAUCGAGAUGAGGACAUCGCACCAUCAGUAUCCCAGCAGGCGCAGUGGACUCACCGCCAUAUGUACCUUCUCUGUUGGCUAUAUAUUAUGGGUCUGCUGGGUGCACCAUGUCACUGGCAUGUGGGUGUACCCUUUCCUGGAACACAUCGGCCAGGGAGCCAGAAUCAUCUUCUUUGGGUCUACCACCAUCUUAAUGAAUUUUCUGUACCUUCUGGGAGAAGUUCUGAACAACUACAUCUGGGAUACACAGAGAAGUAUGGAAGAAGAGAAAGAGAAGCCCAAGUUGGAAUGAGAUCCAGGUCUAAAAGGGAGCACUGGAUUGAGCCACCACUGAAGACUCCUCCCUCCCCAGCCUAGGCAUUGGCAGUGCCUGGGGACAAGAGCUUCGGGGGAGGAAGGGGCAUCUUUUAUAUAUAAAUAUGUAUAAAAACAGAACACAGUUGUUUCCAAGAUAUCUUAACAUUUGCUGUGUUUUAAGGAAUUCUGUCCAAAUUCGUUAUUGAUAAUGACGUCUUUUUUCUCCUCCAGUUUUCAGGCUGUAAUUGGCCAUUGGGUUUUCAUUUUUGCAAUUACAACUCCAUUUAAUCAAGAAAGAAUAAAAUUUGACUGCAUUUCUUGUUGAGAAACAUGUUAAAAGCAGAGAGGCAGGUGUAGAGUAGGAAUGUGUGUUUAUAGUCCUAAAGGUGGCUGGAGUAAUGAGUCUGGGCCAGGGGUGAGCCCCAGAAGAAGAAUAGAUAUUUCCCAUUGCAAUAAUGUCACAAUUGCCUCAAAUGAGCAAUGUAGUAAUAAUGAUAUUUAAAUCUCUUGACUUAAUCUUGUGAAACUUUUCCUAGACUCAUACUUUAAUAAAGACCAAGCAACCCCAUACCUAAUGUCUGCAUGGAACAGCUCAAAGUCCUGGCUGUGUCUCCUUUCUUAUUUUUAUUAUUUUGUUUCUAUUUCCUAUUGAAAAUGGUUUACUGAACAUGGUUCUUUCCCAUGAUUUUAUGAUUUUUAAAAAAUGGAUUUUUUAUAAUUUUAGAAUCUUUUUUUAAAAAGUUAAUUUCCAAAGUCUUUGUAUUUUUAGAGUAGAAAAUGGAAUUGUCAUAUAAAUUAUGAAAUAUUACAUAAAACAAAUAUAGGUGCUCAUUGUCCAUAAGAGUGAUGUAAAACCUUCACUUCAAAAAUUAUUCAAUUUUAAUUGAUAAUAAAAUUUAAGAAAUGCUAGAAAUCCCUCUACCCCUUUGACUGUCUUCCCACCAUACACACAUACACACACACACACACGUACACACAUUCUCUUCAUUUGCUUUGUCUUAUCUACAAUGACUUCCUCGGUGAGACCUUGCCACUGCCAAGGUCCCAGUAUCACCUAAAGGGAGAGGAUUCUCAGAUGCUCCUGAUCAUUUAUUUAUAGAUAAUUCAAAGUAGGUACACUUUAGUGUAAGUGUACUUAUACUUUGCACUAAAAAUAUCCAAUUUUUUAAAAGAUUUAUUUAUUUAUUUAUUUGAAAAUCAGAAAUAACACAGAGGAGAAGCAGAGAGAGAGAGGUCUUCCAUCUGGUGGUUCACUCCCCAGUUGGCCACAACAACCGGAGCUACUCCAAUCUGAAGCCAGGAGCCAGGAGCUUCUUCAGGGUCUCCCACAUGGAUGCAGGGGCCCAGGACUUGGGCCAUCUUCUACUGCUUUCCCAGGCCACAGCAGAGAGCUGGAUCAGAAGUGGAGCAGCCGGGACUCGAACCGACAUCCAUUUGGGAUGCUGGCAAUGCAGGCGGCAGCCUUACCCGCUACACCACAGUGCUGGCCCAACAUAUAUCCAAUUUUAACACACUAAAUUAUUAGAAAUUUCCAGAAAGGGAAAAAGUUCAGUUAAUGAACGUGAUUGUGUAGAAAACAUGCUACAAAAUACUAUGAAAUAAUUCCAGCCUAAUGUAUGUAACAUUAAGAAAUAUAAAACUGAUAUGCAUAUUGAAACAUAUUUUCAGACUAGGUCACAAAGGACAAUCCAACUGUGUGCUGUGUAUUGCAGAAGAUGCACAAAAUGAAGUAGUUAUGAAAUGUUGAAAGGAGGUUACACAAAAAUACACCUAAAACUUGGAAACAAAAAUAAACAAAGGUUGUGAUUUUGAUCUGUGAAAA